AUGAUACCCCAACCCAAUCAGGUGAACAGCGUGUUGUCUCAGCCCGGCAGCGAGAUGGAUACGAUGGCGCAGCAACAUCAGCAACAGCAACAGCUGCAGCAACAGUACACCAACGCUUCACCGCCCGUUUUCGGCUCCCAGAUGGUGGAUAAGAACUCCAGCACACCAUACACCGAUGCAACGCAGACAAAAAAACACAGCCCCGGUCACAUCAAGCGACCGAUGAACCCGUUCAUGGUGUGGAGCCAAAUCGAGCGGCGCAAGAUCUGUGAGGUGACGCCCGACAUGCACAAUGCCGUCAUCUCGAAGAACCUCGGACAGCGCUGGAAGCAGCUGAGUGCCGCCGAACGCCAGCCCUUCAUCGAUGAAGCCGAACGGCUGCGAAAACUUCACUCCCAGGAGUACCCCAACUACAAGUACCGUCCAAAGAAGAAGCAGGUCAAGGGAAAUGGUGGUGGCAGUGGUGGUGGUGGUGGAGGAUCGGCCAGUGGAUCAAAAUCGGGACCACCGGCUUCCGCCGGAUCACCAGCCCUUUCGACGUCCUCAUCACCCGAAUCCGUGUCCUCGCGUGAUAGCUGCGGUUCAUCGAGCAGUUCCUCGUCCAGUUCCGGCUCAUCGUCGGUGGCGUCCUCUCCGGCUACGGGUGGAAAAUCACCCGGUGGAAAACGCACCCGCGCCACAACCGGAAGCAGCGGGAAAGUGUCAAAAGCUGGCGCCCCAAACACCGGUGGUUCACUGAAAGCGAAGAAACAGAUGAUGGUGUCGGCGUUGGCCGCUCAACCGGAUUGUUACUCGCACGUAGCGGCCAGCAAACUGUUGCCUAACUCACCGGAAAGCGCCACCGUGUACGAUGAGCGAUCGCUUAUCUCACCGGAACCCGCGUUCGGGCCGUUCACCGAGAGUACGUCAAUUUUCAUCAAAACGCCCGAUCACACGGUGUUUGGGAUGGAUGAAAGCACCCACUUUGAGCACGAUGCGAAGAGUUUCCUUUACGGUGGUGCUACGCCCGAUCUUACCGGCGCGGACAGUCUCGGUAGUCCGCUUGGUCAUAACCAUUCUGCCACGACAACCGCCACCAACAACACCUCCAGCAACACCUCCAGCAGCAGCCCGGGUGGGCUUGGUAGCGUGUCACCGGCCUGCUUUAGUCCGCAUCCCAACAACAACAACAACAGUCUUCAGAUCAACAACAAUCACCUCCAGCAGCAGCAGCAACAGCAGCAGCAACAACAGCAACAGCAGCAGCAGCAACAACAAACGACACCGUCCGUAAAGUCCGUCUACACCGACAGUGACGGGGAUUGCGUAAAAACGGAGAAGUACUACGACGAUGAGGAGUGUGGGAGCGAUCAUCAGUUUAUGCUGGAGGAUGGUUGCUUGGAUGAAGUGACUGGCAUCAACCGGAUAGAUGAUUCGUUGGAUCUUGGCCCGGGUUCGGUGGGUUCGACGGGCCCAUCUGGAGCGGGCGCGUGUUUUGGUGGUUUGACCGCUUUCAAUGGACACUUUACGCUCACCGAUCAAUCCCAGCAACAGCAACAGCAACAGCAGCAACAGCAGCAACAACAGCAGCAACAACAGCAACAACAGCAUCCCCAGCAACACCAGCAACAGCGUGGCACGCUAGCGAGCUUUAACGAAAUCACCAACGGAACACAGUGCCAUCAGCCACUGCAACCGUUCCAGUUUUCGCUCGUAAAUCAACCACUCGUUGCGAACAGCCUUCAUCAGCAUCAGCAGCAGCAGCAGCAGCAACAGCAGCAGCAUCAGCAUCAGCAACAGCAGCACCAUCACCACCAACACCAGCAACACCAGCAGCAGUACCAGCAGCAGUACGGCUGCCAAUCGCACCUGGUCGACUCGCAGGUGGCCGUCGAAAGCAUGGGAAGUUUGCCACUGCUGGCGGAGACAUCGCAGGUGCCCCACUGUCAGCCAUCACCGUCGGUGGAUGGGUUUAGUUCGGCUUCACUCUCGAUGGUGGUGCUCGCCGAUGGGCACAUCAUGGAUGGGAACAGCCAGGCGGACGUUUUACCCAACCUGGAUGAUAUGCUUGGUACGGCCAACAUGGACUACUCGUUCGGUACGCUCGAGACGGAGUCCUCUUCCAGCGGUUCGCACCUGGAGUUCAUCGGGGAUACCAGUAUUUUCCUGAACGAGUCGAACCUGAUCGGCUUCAACGUCUAG